AUGGGUCAAACAAACGGGUUGUGCGUACAUCUCGCGCGCUUCUGCAAUCCCCCGUUGACUUCUUUACAACGCAACCCUCGCCUUCGCCCAUACGAGUUCUGGCCGUUAGUAAUAGAGUCUACCGUUAUAGCUCAGCAUGUGUCAUCCGUUGCCAUUUUUGUCUGCUCCUUCGUCGGCAUCUUCCAGGGCCGACUCCAUCCUGUCUCAGUCCUAGGUUGGGGCACUAUCAGUACCAUUUUAGGCUGGGUUUUGUGGGACUCUUGGGUUGGUCAAGCAGAGAAAAGCAAGAUUCUCAUGGAAUCAUCCGGUGGCAUCAGCAAAGCAAAUGGCGACGCGACCAAUGGUUCAGCUCUCAGCUCUGAUAACUCAACCACGGCACCGACUCCUUCAAGCCACAGCAACGAUUCCACUACUGUCGGCCUAGGCUUAACCCUCACAACGUCGAAUUUGUCCACCCGGAGGACUCCCCAUCACUCUCGAUCCCAGACCUCCCUCUCUUCCAUAGGCAUUUCUCCCGCACUAUCUGACCAUGUGCUCGCGAACGCUCUCACCACCGUCCCCGCCAUAAAACCACCCAACACCACCCGAAAGGAACAACGCCUCACCACAAUGAAAUCCGCUUUCCUCAUAUUUUGUGCUCUCCUUGGCCUCUCACCUAUUCUGAAAUCCCUUACCGAGUCUACGACUUACGACUCUAUCUGGGCUAUGGCAACCUGGCUGAUGUGCAUUAACAUAUUCUUCUUCGAUUACAGUGGAGAUGUACAUGGUGUGAAGUUCCCCGCUUCACUCUCAACGAAUGCUGCGUUGAUGGCAAGUACUGUUGUUCAGACGGCAUUUGAGGCACAUGUCUUGGCAGGGGCAUAG